GUCGGUACAUUAGUCCGCAUUUUUUACGUAAUCAAAUCGAUUUCGUUGAACGUCACUAUCUGUCAAAACCGUUCCACGGCCUAAUUUUUUGCUGGACCGCGAUGAAUUUGUGGUAAAAAUAAUUGCUUAACACGGAAGCACUGCUGGAGAUUUAACGUGCACGCGAAUUACCAACGAUCGGAGGAAACUAUUCCGCACGGAUUGCGGACUCGCCUUUUUGUCGAAAGUCCGUGCGCCGAACGUCGUCGUCACCAUCGACGAAUCGGCUCGACGAAGCAGCAUUAGCAGCAGCUUGAGAUAGAGAGCGAGAGAGGGCCUAGCCAGCAAUAUAGCAGCAGGUGCCUAGUUGGUUCAUCAGUCAGAUAACCUAUAUUUGCUUCUAUUUCCUCCUUUCGCGAAGACGACGACGACGACUGGCACUUUCUGUGCGAGGUGUCCUCAGUCGAACAACGUUAUUGAUGACUCAAUGGCAUUCACACGGGUCCAGUUAGGCUAGUGCUACUGUUCAAUGAAAGUUCCGCGUCGUGACAAGCAAAGAAGUAUGCUCUGUCUAGUGUGACGUCUGGAAUUUCAAAAUGCAAAGUGGUGGAGGGCCGUUGCCGCCGGGUACGGUCAUACGUAGCAUGGCAUCGGGGACCCCCUCGUCCCAGCAGCAGCAGCAGCAGCAGCAACAGCAGCAGCAACAACAGCAGCAGCAACAGCAGCAACAGCAGCAGCAGCAGCAACCUCCAGAUAAUCGAAAUCCCCAGAAUGCGAUGAUGAAUCAGCAUUCGCAGCAGAGUCCGCUCUACCCGCAGGCCGUGUACCGCGGGGCGGGCUCGAAUCAGUCGACACGGCCACGCGGAAUACCGAUGCCCCCGUACCAGCAGAUGCCGAUGACGAUUAACUACAUGCAGCCGAUGCCGCGGUUACCGGCUGGUCACUGGCCAAACAUGAACAACGUGGUGGUGUACCAACAUCCGCCGUACAUGUACUCGGUAGUGCCGAAUCAGCAUCAAUCGGCGGGAGGACGCCGGCAGCCGGGAGCAGACAACAACAUAGUCAAUCUCUCGCAAUUACCGCUGUCGCAGCCUCCGCAACCGAAUCAGCAGCCGGCACCGAUGCAGGUGCCUCACGAAAUGCUACAGCACAUGCAUCCCCCGCAGGCCCCACAGCAGGUAACCACUGCCCAGCUCAGUGCUCCGCUGGACCAACAUCCACAGGCGGCAACGGCGGCUCAGGUGGCCGUCGUGUCCUCUCAGCCUCAUGCAUCAUACUCUCCGAUAUCGAAUUUGAUUGCCGCGCCUCCGCCACAUCUGCAACCGGGCGGUGGUGCAGUCGGUAUGGGUGUAGGCGUCGGCGUCGGCCCAGGUGGUGGCGGUCAAGGGGAGCCAACGAAACAACCAGCCAAGCGAGAAAAGCGCAAGCACGCACUGUGCAUCAUCGAUCCCGUCACAAAACAGGACAUAUUGCAGAAUAUGUUCAAUGAUACUUCCUCGGGCGGUGGUGGUGGUGGUUCGUCAGGAGCCACCGCUUCUUCCACUGCAGCACCGUCGGUCUCCUCGACAGGUAGCACGCCCGUACCGGCGGAGUUGCCACAGAGUGUCACACCCGCCUCGCAAAUGGGCGAGCAGCCAGAGUAUGCGGAUUACACCGCGCAACAACAACAACAACAACAACCUGGACAGGAAAUGGUCGCCGUUCCGUCGCCUAUGGUACCAGCAUCAAUGGUCGCUCCACCCCCGCAACACAUGCAUCAUCAGCCACCACCGCAGAUGCUUCUAGCGGGCCACACAAGUCACCCGCAGCAACAACAACCUCCACCGCCUCCGCAGCAGCAACAGCAGCAGGCCGUCCCGGGUGGACCACCACCGCCCGGUCCGGGCCAUCCGCAUGAGAUGUACGUGGUAAAUGCUCCUAAUUUGAAAAUGAUGAAUCACUCGCACCCGCCACCUCACCUGCCACCGCAUCUUGCCGGUGAUAUGGCGACGGUGACGGGCACACCGGUCGUAUCCGCCAUGUCCGACGGGCCCUCGGUCGAGAUACCGAAUUCUUACACGAAGAAGAAAAAACCCAUCCCCGAUGGGAGCGGUUUACAUCAGCAUCAGCAUCAGCAAAUGAAACAGCAGCAGCAGCAACAACAGCAACACCACCAUCACUACCAUCAUGGGCAGCAACAGCAGCAUCCACAUCAACACCAGCAGCAGCAACAGCAGCAACAGCAGCAAAUGCAUCAACACCAUCAUCAUCAUCAGCAGCAGCAGCAGCAAAGACAUCAACAGCAACAGCAGCAUCACCAUUCUUAUGCGAUGCAGCAGCAGCAUAAUGUGGCGGCCGUUCAUGUAGCAGCAGCCCACGCCCAAGCGGCGGCGGCAGCAGCCCAUGCACACGCACAGGCGCACGCAGGAGUCCCGAUAGCCCCACCCGGCAGUCAUCCGUCAGGAGUCACGCUAGCCGCCAUGGACAGUGAGAUGAUGUCUCAGCAUGUAGUUCCGCAAGCAGCAGCUCACCAUCAUCCAUCGCAGCUAGUAGGCGGCGUUCCAAUGGCUGCUAACUACAUGACAGAACCACCACCACCGGUGCUGGCGGCGACGACCGGUGGCGAUAGGCGAUAUCGUACCAUCUCGGAGAAAUCGAUCACCGAAUCGACGCUGUCCACGGAUGCCGCACCUUUCGUGUACACUGGCAGUAGCACCGCAAACAGCAAUGUAGCGGCAGCCAGUCUACCCCCGCCGCCCGUAACACAGCAGCAGAUGGUAGCCGUCAAUCCGCCCCCACCCGUGGCUGUGGUAGAAAGCGCUAGCAGCAGCAGGAGUGUCGAGCGUGAAACCGUCGGUGUCGUACGAAGGGGCGAGGUAGAUAAUGUGCCCGCGCGAGAAGAAGCCUCCGUGGAACGCCGACUGGAGGAGGAGGAGACGCUUGUGGAAGCGGAUAAACAGAACGCAAACGUGGUGCCUCCGCAGUCUAGCAUCGAAGGCAGUGGCCGCCCGGCUUCAGUCGCCACCGCCGCCACCGAUGAGCUAGCGGAUAGUGUAGCGAAAUUGAAUAUGGUUGGAGAUCCGACAACCGUCGUCGACCAGCAGCAGACUCCGCAACAGGAGGAGCAGGUAGUAGAGGAGAAGGAAGUCGCGGCCGUUGUUCCCGAAGCCGCCACCGAAGCGGAAGCUGCCGACGAGACGGAUAGAGCUGCUGUAGUAGUCGCUGAGUUGUCGACCGUUACUGCCACUACUGCUGCUGAUGCUUCGAUUACGAAGCAAGAGGCGGUCACGGCGGCACCAGCUGCCGCUGCUAUCGCUUCCUCCCCCGCUGUACAGCCGGCGAAGUUUUUAAAUAAGGAAUCUAGUGCUAAGGAAAAAAUAGAUAAUGAUAAUUUAAUUAACAAUAAUGUGGAGUACACCAGAAACUUAAGUUCGAUAAAAGGUGAGGUUGGCGGCGAGAAGAAGGUUGUGGCCGCAGCAGAGCCGGUAGUUAACGCCGCGGCACCAACAGCCGGAGCCGGUAAUGUCAACGCGAUCAGCGAAGUGGUGCCGACGGACGCAGAUCGGGAAUCGGAUCGUACGGAAACGACGAAGAAGAAAAGUGAAUCUGCUGAGCUAAUCAUGCCAGCCGAACCGGCGAAGAAGAAGGGCCUCGGCGCUUCGGAUGUGGCCAGCAACGAGGCCUCAAAUGUCGCAAACAGUAGUAGUAGUUUGGACGACAAUCGUAACUUAGUUACCGCGGUGGUGUCACCGGACGUCGUGGCACCACUCAAGUCGUCACCGGCACCGGCACCGGAAGCAACGAGCGGAGGAGGAAAGGACUCGACUGUGAAACCCAGCCCGACGACUUUGCAACCGGCAAAUAUACCGCCGGCACUAAAGAAGAGCAAGUCGAUCACGCUCAUCGACUACGAUGCUGACCAGUGGAGCCCGGAGAACCCGUCCGGCAAGAAGAAGUACUCGCGGGACCAGCUUUUGCAGCUGAAGAACGCGGCCCCCGCCCUGGAGAAACCUUCCAAUCUGCUGAACAGCCUCGAGAACGUGCUGGUACGAACCAACUUCUCGAACGCGAUGGGUGGCGGUGGUGGCAACGCCUACAGCAACAAUCAAAAGAUCAAUGAAAACUCGUUGAUGCCGAACUUCAUGAAGAGCGGCGGCGGUGGCGGUGGUGGCGGGUCGCACAUGGGCCAGCACAACAAUCCCGUCCGGCAUCAGUACGUGAAGCGUUCGUCGCAGCAGGGCAGUAACGGAAGCCAGUCGGGCGGAGGAGGCGGCAUGCAGUCCGGCGGCAAGCAGUCGCAGUCGGGCAUGACCAAGACCGGCUCGAAGAUCAUCAAGAUGAACCUGCAGCUGAACGAGGAGGUGAAGCUCAAUGCGUGCGCGAACGCCUGGCGCCCGCACAUGCUGCAGACGCAAGAAAACGUCGAGGAGGAGGAGCGUGAAACGCAGAAACUGAUGGCGAAGGUACGCAGUAUCCUCAACAAGCUGACGCCGGAGAAUUUCGUCAAGCUAGUGCAGCAGGUGAAGGACCUGAAGAUCAAUACGGAGGACCAGCUCGACAGCUGCAUCCGACUGGUGUUCGAGAAGGCCAUCUCGGAGCCAAACUUUGCCGAAGCGUACUCGAGGAUGUGUCGCGAGGUCGGCUCGAUCACGACGAUCGGUGCCACCACGAUCAGCUUCCGGACGCGCCUGCUCGCCCAGUGCCAGAAGGAGUUUGUCAACCGGCGGAACGAUCAGGCGACGGCAAUUCGCGAGCGACGUGCAAAGCUGGAAGAGUGCAAGCAUCUCGGCAAGGAUGAGUUCGAGGAGCUGAAGAUACAGCUGGAGGAAGAAGAACAGAAGGUGCGCCGACGAGCGGUCGGUACGGUGCGGUUCAUCGGUGAGCUGUACAAGGAUGGGCAGCUGGCGCUGCGCAUCAUGCACCAGUGCAUCGACCAGCUGCUGACCAAGCAGGAGGAUGAUCAGUACAAUGAGGAGACACUUGAGUGUCUGUGCAAGCUGCUGACCACGAUCGGCGGCAAGAUGGAGCAGGAGAGCAAGGAUCGGGCCAAGGCGGCGACGGAGGGUAAGGAAAAGGAUAAAGCCGCCGCAGGGUGGACGUCAAUGGACCAGUACUUCGAGCGGCUCGAAGAGAUUGUGCGCAAGCGCGACAAGCACAAGAUCAGCAGCCGCAUCCGGUUCAUGAUCCAGGACCUGAUAGACCUACGCAAGAGUCGCUGGAUCCCGCGGCGCCAGGAGCUGAACCAGAAGACACUCUCGCAGAUCGCGCGCGAGGCCGAGUCGGAGCAGAAUCAAAUCAACUUGUUGAAUUUCAUGCCCCGCGGGGGUAAGGAUGGUGGUGGUGGUGGAGGCGGCUACAUGGGCGGUGACAUGGGUCGGAUGGGAUCGCGCAACGCUACCGGUGCCGGCGGCGGCGGAGGUGGUGGAACGUUCGGGAAGAUGUCUUCCGGCGGUGGCCCCGGAACGGGCUACAACCAGGGAACCCUGGGACGAGGUGGUGGUGGUGGUGGCGGUGGAGGCGGCGGCGGCGGCGGCGGUGGUGGCGGCUCCGGCAAGGGAAGCCGUCUACAGGCGGACGAUGACGGAUUCCUGCCCGUAUCGAGCAAUCGUGGCACGAACCGCGCGAUUCCGAUCGAUCCAAAGAAGCUGUUAUUCUCGGUGAACGUGGACACGUCUCAGCUCGGCAACGCCUCGAACUACCAGAAGUGGAAAACCAACAUGUUCGCUCCGCUCGGUAACGAUGACAGUGGCCCGGCAGGUUCCGCCGCAUCAUCCGGCAGCCUCGGAGGCAGUCGCGGUAGUUUCGGAAACGAUCGCGAUAGCAACGGAAGAGACCGUGAUCGGGACCGAGAUCGGGAUCGUGACCGGGAUCGUGACCGUGAUCGGGAUCGGGAUCGGGAUCGUGAUCGUGAUCGAGAUCGUGAUCGUAGCGGUAGUCACAAAAAUUACGCUAGUAGUAGCAGUAAUAAGGACUCUUACCAUAAAGGCUCGAUGGAGCGCGAUCGGUACGGACGCUUCGGAAGUAGUAGCAGUCAGAACGAGGAUCGCUUUUCACGAUCUUCCCGCGAGCCAUCGUCCGGCAGCAUGCGCCCAAUGGACAUGCACGAUCGAGGCGGCAGCAGAGGAGGAGGAGGAGGAGGAGGAGGCCCUCAGUCACAACAGCCGCCUCCGCGGAUGACAAACCGAAUGGGACCACCGCCGCCAUCCUCAGCAUCCGCCGGCUCCUCCGGUGGAUUCCAUCAACAGAUCAUGAUGCCCCAGCAACCGUCGGCUUCUUCAGCGUCGGCGGAGAAGAAUAGCGCCGCCGGUUCGGCGGGUUCGGCAGGGGGACGUUCGGCAACAACUGGUGGAGGAGGCCCGGCGCCCAACAGCUACGCCAAGAUCGACGAAGCCACCGAGCUAAAACAGCGCAAGUUCUCGGAGAACAUCCGCGAGUUCAUCAACACGCGUAACGUGACGGUCGUGCUGGAGGAAGUGGCCAGUCUGUUCAACCCCGAGCACUUCUACGGCGUCGCUAUGCAGCUGUUCCGCAACAACGUGGAGCGGGACGAGAAGCAUCGCCGGGCGGCGACGGAAAUCGUGGCCGCGAUGCUACGGAGGCAGAUGAUCACGCGGGCGGACUAUCUGUACGCGCUCGAAGAUCUACUGCGGGACACGCACGAACUCAUCAUCGAUCUGCCAACGCUGUGGAAGUGCCUCGCCGACUUCUUCGUGCCGCUGCUCCACGAUCGACAGAUCACGCUCGCCGACGUGCGCCACCUGGUGGCCAACUCGUUCCAGCCGAACGACAGCUUUGGCUGGCUGUUGCUUAAAGGGUUGCUACAGAGCUACGAGGUGGCGCACGGCAAAAAGGACGCGGCAGUCCUUUGGCACGAAUCGUCGGUCCAGUUCGCCGACUUCUACAAACCGACGUCGGGCACGAUCGAGGAGUGCGUGGAGCAGGCCAGUCUGGGCUACCUGCUCGAGUGCUGCACGGCGGUCGAUAUGCGCACAGUGGACGCGCGCUUACGCCAGUUCAUGCGCGACGACGUGAAGAACGAUGCGAUCUUCGAGUGGAUCGACGAGUACGUGCGGCAGCAGGACUCGCCGGACUUCAUCCGCACGCUGACGACGGCCGUGCUCGCCCACUGCAUCGACGGCACGCGGCUGCUGCUGCCCGCGAUCGAACGGUGGCACACCAUUCUGCAGAAAUACAUCAACAGUAAGGUCGAGCGGGAACUGCAGGCGCUGUACGCGAUCCAGCAGCUGAUGGUGGAGCUGCAGCACCCGCAGAAGCUGCUCCAUUCGAUCUUCGAACAGCUGUACGAUCGCGAUGUGAUAAUGGAGGGCUUUAAGGCGUGGAAGGACGACCCGCACGAUACGGAGGGCAAGGGCGUCUGCGUCAAGUCCACCACCCAGUUCUUCACCAUGCUCCUCGAGUCCUACAGCGAUGCCAGUGGGGACGAGAACAAUUAGUAGAUCGUGUGCGCGCGUCAAUCUUCCGCACGCAUUGCCGCGAGACGACGCAUUCGUCCGUUCGUCGUGGAUUUGUCGGUUCUUUUUUAUACAAAUUACCUAUUAUUACUGAGUAAAUAAUCGACUAUAAAGAAAAAAACACUGCACGCCGCAAGGGUUAGGAAAAAGAAAAUACACGGUGGUGUGUAGCAUUCAUCGUCGUCGUCGUCGUCGUCGUCGUCAUCGAGGUCCUUGCUUCGGAAGCUGCGGAAGAAACAACACACCACACAACAUAUAAACGGAAAAGGAAACCAGACUCACGAUGAUAACGAAGCGAUGGUAGUAUCUAGUAGGAGGUAGUAGUGCGUACUGGUGCGUUAAACAUUGUCCUGCGUGUGUAAGUAUGUUUGAGGGAAAACUAGGAAUUCGGGGUAACAUAUUACAUGCUGCUGCUGCCUCACAACACCGAAACUAGAAAACCUCCUCAUACACGCAUCGUUUUCUCUUACGGGUGGGUAAGAGAAACGCAAACGCAGACAAACUUUGAUGAUGAUUCUAUGA